AUGGCUAACCAUAGCUAUGGAGUCUCCCUCCCCCAACACUCUCAAACGUCAGAUAAUAUUGAAUCCUUUCAACGUAACUCCCAAAACUUCAUGGCUACACAGUUCAAAUCAACUAGUCAUCAUCUUUUGGGCGACACUGCUUCCCCAUUUGUAGCCCACAAUAACCAAUCAUCACUUUGCCCUGACCAAUGCAACACCGUCUCCGGCGGCGGCGGCAAGAGUAACGUCCAAGGUAGUGGCAGCUACUCUGCUAAUAGGCACAAAAAACUACUGAAACAAGCACAGAAACCUAAAGGAAGGCCACCUGGCUCCAAGAACAAGCCUAAAGCUCCGAUUAUAAUUUCGAAAAUGGAUGAAGAAGCUCUGAAGCCUGUAAUCAUUGAGAUCUCAGCCGGUUGUGACGUGGUCAACGAGCUGAUAAAGUUUGCUCAAAGUCGUGACUCUGGGCUUACUGUUCUUAACGGGUCUGGCUCUGUAACCAAUGUCACUCUUAGCCACACAUUUUCCAAUGCGCCUUCUUUGACCCUUCAUGGAACAUUCACUAUGCUCUCUCUUUCUGGUACUUUCGUGAAGUCCCAUGUUGCUUCACCUUUUGCUUCAUCAUCGACAUUACCAAACCCAUCAUUGUUGUUUCCUGGAUACUCUUCUUUCACGAUAUGUCUUGCAGGAGCUCAAGGUCAGAUCUUUGGAGGAGUGAUAGCAGGACGAAUCAUAGCUGCGAGUCUUGUGGUUGUGGUGGCGACAACAUUUAAGAAACCUAUGCUUCACAGAUGCUUCAGCUCGGAGCCUUUUGCCUCCGUCCUUCAGCUCGGUGAGUUUGGAUUUGGGUUUCUGACAUAUUUUGAAAAUUGA